UAUGGGUUCUACAUUAUCUAAAAAAUAGAAAUAUGGUGUGAUUUUAUUUUGUGUUGGAACAGGUUUCUUAAUUGGUGGAUUAUAUUUUGAUGGCAAGUAAGAUAUUUCUAAAUAUAAGAUUCGAUAAAAAAUCUAAGAAUCCAUAAUAAUAGAUUGAGACAGAUAAUUAAGUUCAAAAAACAAAUUAAGAGAGAGACGUUCCUUAAGGCUAUGAUUAAGUAUUACAAUAGGCUAAAGGAUAAGUUAUGGUUGAAUUUCAAGGAGACUAUUUAACUAUGAAUACAAUUAACUAAAUACUUCAAAAAUCUAUGGAUUUAGCAAAACCUGAAUAUGCAUAAAUUACACUUGAAAAUAGAAAACGUAAUAUUUUUAUAUUUAUCAUAUAUUUAGAAAGAAGAGAAGCAAAAUCACAAUUCAAUAGUUAAUUGUAUCAAUAAUUAGUACUUGAUUACAAUGAAUAGGUAGAAAAUUUAAUAGAAAGAAAAUAAAUUGAAUUCUGUUAAUCUCUUUAAAUAACUGAGGAUAUUUUUUAGGAAAGUGUGAUGUAAUUAAUGGAGAAUGGAUAAUUUCAAUAAUUCUUUAUGAUAUAAGCAUCAUUAAGAUAACACAUUAAAGAGGCCAUACCAAGCACAAAAACAUUAAGUUUAGAUUAAUUAAAAUAAAUAAUUAGCUAUCAAGUAGAAAUUAUAUCUAAAAUUCCAAAAGAUUUAGCAUUAAUGAAAGAAACUUUAUCUGUAAAUAUCUUAUUUAAAUAUUUAUUUAGGCUAGUUAAGAGACUCAAUAAUUAAUUCCUUUAGCAGUUAAUACAAUAAUAGCUGAUUAUUGUUAUGAAAAAUUUUAAAUAGAAGAAGAAGAUAUGAUGAAACUAAUGUAGAAUCCAGGUAUCAAUUUAUAAUUAUCUAGAUAAUUUUGCUGAUUAAACAAUGCAUAAUUUAAUGACUUAAUUAGAAACAGCUAUGUAUCAAUUUAUGGGACCUAUUUCUUGAA